CCACCCGCCCAAGUCAAGGGAGAAGCAAGAUUCGCUUAACAACCGUGUUACAUAACAACUGCAGUGAUUCACUUAAUGAGUUAUAAGUCACAGGAAAAACUGAUGAAGGCAGAAAAGAAAAAACAUCUUUCACCAGAAAAGAGGAAGAUGAAACAGAAAAAGAAAUCCGCAAAGCCAAAUCCAAAACCACAAAUGGCACCAGAGGAGGAUGAACCUGUGCUGAAAAAACAUAAACUAAAUGUGAGUAAAGAAGAGGAAGAGGAGACAGAGGAAGAACUUUCUCCAGAAGAGAAGAGGAUAUUGGAACGAAAGCUGAAGAAGGAGCGGAAAAAAGCACAAAAGAAAUUAACGGGAGAAGCAACACCCGGGGCCAAGAAGAACCAGCCUAAGAAGCCCUCAGGGUCAGAGUUGGCCCUGGACUAUUUAACGACGUAAGUUUGGCCCUAUUUG